AUGCUGAUGGGGGCCCGCCCGCCCCUCGCAUUGUACGCCCGCAUCCACAACAUCCACAUGCGAGAGGAGUCCCGCUCCCUGGCCGCCCUGGCCGCGCUGCAGCUGCUGCUGUCCCGCGGCAAGGUGGACGGCGGCCUGCACCCCACGUGGCUCAGGGAGGGCCGGCCCCAGCAGCUGGAGGCGCGCGCCCUGGAGCCCUUUGAGACCGCCCUCCGCAUCCCCGCCCCCCUCCGGCCCAUCCCCCUGCCGCCCGCCGUCGCGGCCGCGGCCGCCGCCAUGGUGCCGCCCGGCUGGCUGGAGGUGCCCUUCAAACAGAACAGUGAGGCGGCGGAGGCGGCGGUCGCGCGGGCGCGCGCAGCGCUGGCUGCCGGCGGUGCGGCCGCUGCGGCCGCCGCUGGGGCCCGGGGUGUGGGCGAGCAGAGAGAGGUGCAGCAGAAGGGGCAGGAGCAGGAGCAGGAGCAGCAACAGCAGGAGCAACAGAAGCAGGAGCAGCAGCAGCAGCAGGAGCAGCAGCAGCAGCAGCAGGAGCAGCAGCAGCAGCACGGCGAGGGCAUCGCCGCGGCCCGCGCGGCGGCGGGGGCGGUGGUGUGGUCGGCGGCGGUCGUCGACGGCGUGCCCGGCAUGCUGGGGGCGGGGGAUUUUGUGGGGGAGCUCGGCUUUGGGGUGCUCACGGCCGGGGUCGUGCCGGAGGGGGCGCCCAUGUUCCCUGUGUGGCUCAAGGGUGCGGGGAUUGGCGGCGGCGACAGCGCUGGCGGCGGCGGCGGCGGCGGCGCUGACUGCGGCGGCGGCGGCGGCGGCAGCGGCGGGGAGGGGAAUGGGGACGGCUGCGAACUGGCGGAGCAGGACGAGCCCUUUAUGGCCCAGGCCGUCCACCUGGGUCAGCUGACCCUGACCCCCAGGGAGGCCGCCCUGCUGCUGGCGGCACAGAGGGCCAUGGAGCGCGGGAUCGCCCUGCAAAAGGUCGGUAUGGGGGUGUUUGGGGCGGAUGGGGAGGGGCCCUCUGCCCUCGACGGCACGUAUGCGGGGGCCGCCAGCGCCGCCGCCCUUCGCAGCCUGCUGCACGGCAGCUGCAGCACCGCCGCGGCGGCUGCCCCCACAAAAGACAGCGACGCCGGCGCGUUGGCCGGCGCUGCCAAAUGCGCCCCAGGCUUUGCCGCGACGCCUGGCGUCGCGGCGCCGGCCGCCCUGGCCGCGCUGCCCUUGGCGGCUGCAGGGGGCGCUGACUCAGGUACAGCCGCAACGGCAGAAGCUUCCGCGGAGGCAGCGGCGGCGGCGGCGCUGGUGCUGGCGCCGCAGCCCUUCAGCCACGGCCAGGCCUCGCGCUUUGCAGGCACGAAUCUGCUGCAAGCUGCGUUUGGCUGGGCCCCCAGCUGGGCGCCGCUGCCAGCUGCAGCAGUGGAGGCCGCAGAGGCGGCCGCGCUUGAAGCCCUGUCUAGCGCAGCAGCAGCGGCAACGGCGCCGGACGGCGGCGCCGACAGCAAUUGUCCGCCCGCCGCCGCGGGCGGCGGCGCGGACGCGAAGGCCGGGGCCGUGGCGGCGGCCGAGGCGGCGCUGCCGCCGCCAGGCGAGGGCUUCGUGCCGUGCGUGUGGCCGGCGGCGGCGGUGUCUUAUCUCAUGGUGCCGAUCAGGAGGCGUGAUCUGGGUGGCGGCAGCAGCAUGGGCAGCGGCGAUGAUGAUCAUGAUGUUAGGGACGAUCCAGUGCUCUCCGCUGCGCUGCGGCCGCCCUACGCCGCCCCGCCCGCCGCCGGCGGCGCCGCGGGCGCUCCAACGGGCCGCGGCAGCCAGGGGCGGGGACAGGCCGGCGGCGGCGAGAGGGUCCAAGGGGGCCAGGUGGGGGAGGACGAGGAGGAGGAUGAGUGCCCCUACGCCAUCGACUGGCUGUUCCUGCGAGAGCUGGCUGUGGGCCCCCUGCCAGCACCCCUGUUCGUCCGCGCGCUUGCCGGGCUGACCAACAGCGGCGGCGACGGCGACGGGCGGCAGCGGGGGCGGGCGCGGAGGCGCCUGGUGGUGGACGCGCUGUGGCCAGCCGCCCGCGCGCUUGCGGAGGGGCCGCCGCUGGUGGGGCCCGCGGAGUGCGCGGCGGCGUGCGCGGUGGGCGCGGCGGGGCUGGCGGCGUGUGAAGUGCUGAGGGCUGGCGUGGUGGCGGAGCUGCGGCAGAGGGUGGUGAUCAGUCAGCAUAGGGGCCAGAUCUGGCGCGUCACAGGCGUCUCCCGAUCCCUCACCGCCUCGACCCCCGGCGUCUUCGGCCCCGCCAGCGCCGCCGAUUAUCUCUCAGAUCACUACGCCGUCGCCAACCUCGGACCGGAACUCCCGCUCCUCGAGGUUCGAUCGGGCCGAGGCAUCUGCGACGGGCGUUGCCUGGGCGUCGGCCCCGCGGUGCGCCGCGCGGCGCAGGCCGCGCACUCGCGGGCGCAGGCGGCCAGCAAGGCGGCGCUGGUGGCAGCCCAAAAGAAGAGGCGGGAGCUCAAGAGGCGGAUGAGGGAGGGGGAAGAGGCCGGCGGCGAGGCGGCCGCAGCGGCGGGGCUGGCAGAAGACGGCCCGCCUGCCGGCGACGCCGCCGGCGGCCUGCGCGCUCUGGGUGCCGCCGCCGCGGCCGGCAAGCGGGCCGGCUCGCAGCUCCAGCGCGCCUGGUGGCGCGAGGACGAGGCCGCGGCGGCCGCGUCUGUGCUGCCGCUCGAGCUCGCCUGGGUGCUGCCGCUGCGGCGGCGGCAGUGGGCCCAGCUGAAUGCGCUGCCUGGCAUGGUGUUCAGGCUGGCGGCGCUGCUGCAGCUUGAGGAAGCUGAGGGGCAUCUGACAGCCGUGCAGCGGCGCGCCGGUGCAGGGGAUGAGCGGGGCGCGCCCACCGGGGAGCAGCAGCAAGCACAGGGCGCAGGGGAGCGGGAGGAGUGUGAGGGGCGCCAGGGCUCUCCAGCAGAGGCGGCUGCGGAGGAGCCGCCCGCGGCGGUUGGAUCUGCCGCGGCGGCAAGCGUCGACGACGGCGGCGGAGGAUGUGCAGACGCCGCAAUGGCAGAGGCAGAGGCGGGGCUUGCCACGCUGCAGCCUGAGGAAGGGGGGGCCGGCGGCCCGGGCGGCCUGAGCGCGGCUGCAGGGCCCGAGGCAGCACCCAGCGGCCAUCUUGGCAUGGCUGGCGGCGCCGAGGGCAUGGCGGCAGGGGGGGCGCCGGUCGCGCCGGGCGGCCGUUUUCGCGAGCAAACGCCGCCGCCGCCGCCGGCCCCUGCGGCGCCGGUGGAGCUGCCCCCUCCGCUGCUGCUGGUGGCCCUCACGACAGUGCAGGCCGGGGAGGGCUUUGACCAGGAGCUGCUGGAGUUCUUGGGUGACGUGCUGCUCAAGUUCCUGGCCUGCAGCUACCUGGUGCAGUCCCGCCCCGAAGCCAAUGAGGGGGAGCUGUCUGUGGAGAAAGCCGCCCUUGUCAGCAACUGGGCCCUGGCGCAGAGGUCGCGCGCCCUGGGCCUGGCAGACCACCUGCGCCUGGUGCCGUUUGAGCCCGUCCCCAGGUGGGGGCCGCGCGCCCUGGCGGCGGCGGCGGAGGGCCCGAUACAAGUGCGCGCGCGGGGCAAGGUCACCGCUGACGUCAUGGAGUCACUCGUGGGCGCGGCCUACGUGACCCACCCGAACACGCGGCGGCUGACCACGGCCCUGCUGGCACGGCCCCCUGAACCAGCGGGCGCUUGCGGGGGAAGCGGCGGCGCUGACCAGGGCGCAGGAGAAGGCGGCGGUGCCAGCCUCGCCCUGCGGCUGCACGCCGCGGGCGUUUGCGGCGUCAGCGGUCCGGCGGGCGAGGCGGCUGCGGCGCCGCCGCUGCCGCUGGCGCCCGGCGGCCUGCUGCAGGCGGCGCGGAUCCCCCCUCCCUCGUCAAAUGCAGAUCCCCUGGAGGUGCUCUCCCGCAAGCCCCGCUGGCGCCAGCCCCCCUCCCUGGCGCACGCCCCCGGCCCCUCGCCCCGCGCCACGGCCGCGGCCGCGCGGCCGCUGGCCCAGGCCGUCAUGGCGGCCCUGGGGGGUUCCUACGUUUUCAGGGACCCCCUGCUGCUGGCGCAGGCGCUGACCCACGUGUCUGUCCUGGGGGCGGCCAGCUACCAGCGGCUGGAGUUCCUGGGAGACGGCUGA